AUGGGGACGCCGGGGCGCUGGUCCCUCAGGCUGUGCUGGGCGCACCUGCGGCAGCGCCCCCUGAGACCCCGCAAACUUGGUUGGCUGUUGCUGGGCACUGUGCCCCGGCUCGUGUCCACCUGCGGGGACGUGGGCGUGCGGGCCCCCGAAAUCCCGAGUCAGUGGAGGUCCGGCCCGGCCGAGGGGAUCCCCGGGGCCCGGCACGGUCUCCUCCCGCACCUGCGGCUCUGGCUGCGGGCCGGGGCGCUGCUCGUGAAGUUCGUCCCCCUCCUCCUACUGUACCCCCUAACCUACCUGGGCCCCCGCGUGGCCGCCCUCUGGCUCGGCCUGCUGCUCAAGGCCACCGAGACCUCGGGCCCCACCUACAUCAAGCUGGGCCAGUGGGCCAGCACCAGGCGGGACCUCUUCUCCGAGGCCUUCUGUGGGGUUUUCUCUAGGCUGCAUGUCCGCGCGAGCCCCCACCCCUGGGCGCACACCCGCAGCUCCCUGCAGCAGGCUUUCGGUGAGGCCUGGAGCCAGGUCCUCUACUUCGAUUGCCUGGAGCCCAUAGGCUCAGGUUGCGUGGCCCAGGUGUAUAAGGCCCACGCUAAGGCUGCCUUCCUGGCGGAGGACUGUCUCUGGACCCUCAGCACGCGUCCUUCAAGGGCCUGGGCCCUCGGGAGGCUGGGAGAACUCUUUGGAUGUACUGGAAAGGGAUGGAAGCCUGAAGAAAGUCUUGCUGACCAGUCCUUUCUUGAAAGGCUGCUCUUUCCCGCAGCCGAUGUGAUGGGGGCGAACGUAUCACCUGACCACCCACCUGGCCCCAGUCACCUCAUCCCAGUGGCUGUGAAAGUGCUGCAUCCUGGCCUGCUUGCCCAGGUGCACAUGGACCUACUGCUGAUGAAGAUGGGCAGCCGAGCCCUUGGACUUCUGCCGGGAUUCAAGUGGCUUAGCUUGCCUGAGGUGGUGGAGGAGUUUGAGAAGCUCAUGAUCCAGCAGAUGGACCUGCGUUAUGAAGCUCGGAAUCUGGAACAUUUUCAACGUAACUUCCAGGACAUCAGUGCCGUCCGGUUCCCUACGCCUCUGAGCCCCUUUGUGUCCAGAAACGUCUUGGUGGAGACGUAUGAAGAGAGCGUGCCUGUGUCCUGCUACCAGCAGGCGGGCGUUCCGGAGGAGCUGAAGAGGCAGAUAGCAAGGCUGGGGAUCCGCAUGCUUCUGAAGAUGAUAUUUGUGGACAACUUUGUCCACGCGGACCUCCAUCCUGGGAACAUCCUGGUGCAAGGUGCCCACAGCCUGGCGGUGGGCCGGGAGUCGGGGCUGCCUCAGGACGGCUGCACCAGGCAGGCCCUGAGGCUAGUGCUGCUGGAUGCAGGCAUUGUGGCCGAGCUGCAGGCAACCGACCUGAGCAACUUCCGGGCUGUCUUCCUGGCUGUGCUGAUGGGCCAGGGCCAGCGAGUGGCUGAGCUCAUCCUGCACCACGCCCGGGCCAGCGAGUGCAGGGACGUGGAGGCCUUCAAGGCUGAGAUGGCCACACUGGUGAGCCAGGCCAGGAGAAAUACCAUCACCCUCGAUAAGCUUCAAGUUUCCAGCCUUCUCUCCAGCGUCUUCAGGUUACUGAUGACGCACAAGGUGAAGCUUGAGAGCAACUUUGCCUCAAUUGUGUUUGCGACCAUGGUGCUGGAGGGGCUCGGCCGCUCCUUGGACCCCAAGCUGGAUAUACUGGAGGCAGCAAGGCCCUUUCUCCUUGGGGGGCCAGCAUCCUUCCCCUGA